AUGGACGAGCUAGGUAUUAUAAACCCAGCGGAAACCGCAGUUGAGGAGAGAGCGGCUGUCAAAUCAUAUGGAGCCCUUUUAUCUCAGUUGAAUAAUAACAAUGCUAACUUAGGAUCGAAUACUAGUUCUGAUGUCUAUUUGAAAUUGAAGAGACUCGAAAAAGAGUAUGAGUUGUUGACUUUGCAAGGAGACUACAUUAAGGAUGAGCAGCGUCAUUUGAAGCGUGAACUGUUAAGGGCACAAGAGGAAGUUAAGAGAAUUCAAUCUGUGCCAUUGGUUAUUGGGCAAUUUUUGGAACCAAUAGAUCAAAACACAGGCAUUGUAUCCAGUACGACAGGUAUGAGCUAUGUGGUGAGAAUCCUGUCCACUUUAGAUCGCGAGUUAUUGAAGCCAUCGAUGUCUGUUGCUUUACACCGUCAUUCUAAUGCGCUAGUUGAUAUUCUACCUCCAGACUCAGACUCCAGUAUAUCGAUUAUGAGUGAAAAUGAGAAACCUGAUGUCACAUACGCUGACGUUGGUGGGUUGGAUAUGCAAAAACAAGAGAUUAGAGAAGCAGUGGAACUGCCUUUAACUCAAGCAGACCUUUACCAACAAAUUGGUAUUGAUCCCCCAAGAGGUGUUUUACUAUAUGGACCACCAGGUACAGGUAAGACUAUGCUUGUCAAAGCGGUGGCCAAUAGUACAAAUGCCGCGUUCAUUAGAGUGAAUGGUUCUGAAUUCGUCCACAAAUACCUUGGUGAAGGUCCUAGGAUGGUGCGUGACGUCUUUAGACUGGCAAGAGAGAAUGCUCCAUCUAUUAUUUUCAUUGACGAAGUGGAUUCUAUUGCUACCAAACGUUUUGAUGCUCAAACUGGUUCUGAUCGUGAAGUUCAACGUAUAUUGAUAGAGCUAUUAACCCAAAUGGAUGGGUUUGACCAAUCCACUAACGUGAAAGUGAUAAUGGCUACCAAUAGAGCAGACACUUUGGAUCCCGCAUUGCUAAGACCUGGUAGAUUAGAUAGAAAGAUCGAGUUUCCAUCUUUACGUGACAGGCGUGAGCGUCGUUUGAUCUUUGGUACGAUCGCUGCCAAGAUGUCCUUAGCGCCAGAGACUGAUCUUGAUUCAUUGAUCAUCCGCAAUGAUUCUUUGUCGGGUGCUACCAUCGCUGCUAUCAUGCAAGAAGCCGGUUUGCGUGCUGUUAGAAAAAAUAGGUAUGUUAUCCUACAAAGCGAUUUGGAAGAGGCAUAUGCUGCGCAAGUCAAAACUGAUAGUGAUGUCGAUAAGUUUGACUUCUACAAAUAA